AUGGAUGAAUUACAAAGUCUUUUAAUGUCCCCACCUUCUGCUGUUGAAAACCUUCUUAACCCUGAAAUGGAACAAGAAGUUUUAGAUUAUUUUAGUUCUCUCAAUAACGAUACACCUGUCAAUGUCGAACCUGAUCCACAACCUUCAACUAACAGCCAAAAUCUUGACACUUUACCAGUAUCUACGAAUCGUAGACCUCAACAAUCCUUACCGUCUAAAAAUCUACAUUCUCCUAACGAAAACUUACCUCUACCCGCUGAAUCAAAUUCCAAAACAAUUCAAUCCACUGAAAACCAGGAUAAAUCGCCUGACGAUGACUAUAGUCAUUUUCUUAAGUCCCCUACAAGAACAUAUAAUACCACGAUUAAAGAACACAAUGAAAGCUUACUAAAAUGCACACAAAAUUUAAUAAUAAUACCAACUUCGAUAGACUUAGAUGAAUCUAUGCCUUAUGUACAAGAAGUAUUUGAUAAUUGCCCCGAAAGUACUCGCGACGAAUUCUUGAAGCUGGAAAGAGACUUAUUCACUUCAUUACCUCUCACAUUCGAUAAUAAACACUAUCUCUUCUUAUUUACUAAAAUCAAGCAGCUGUGCCUGGAGCUUGAAGAGGCGUACUCCUCUGUAUCAUCAGCGGCGGAGAAGCGCGCGGCCCGGCUGGAGGCGGCGCUCAAGGCCCAGUAG